CCUAAGUGCGAAAGCGCUUCAAAUGGCGACAUCAGAUCCAAAAUCAAACACCUCCAAAGGUUUUCUUACACUAUUUUCGUCCCCCAUGAUCAAAUCUCUUGUCCAAACCGAAUAUCUUGUUUGGCAUAUAACAUGGAAGGAGCUGUCGUUCGGAGGGUUAUUCAGUCUGACAACAGUUGUCUGUUCAACGCUGUCGGAUAUGUCAUGGACCAUGACAAAAGCAAAGCUGCAGAGCUGAGACAGGUUAUAGCUGCAACUGUUGCAAGCGACCCAGAGAAGUACAAUGAGGCAUUUCUUGGGAAGCCGAAUGAAGAAUAUUGUGCUUGGAUUCUCAAUCCAGAAAAAUGGGGAGGCGCAAUCGAGCUCUCCAUAUUAGCAGAUUUCUAUGGUCGGGAAAUUGCAGCUUAUGACAUUCAGACCACUCGGUGUGACUUGUAUGGUCAGGAGAAAAACUAUGCGGAAAGGGUUAUGCUGAUCUAUGACGGUCUUCACUAUGAUGCUUUAGCUGUAUCUCCAUUUGAGGGAGCUCCUGAGGAGUUUGAUCAGACUAUAUUCCCAGUCCGAAAUGAUAGGUCCAUCGGACAAGUUGAAGGGCUUGCUCUGAAUUUAGUUAAGGACCAACAAAGGAAAAGGAGUUAUACCGACACUUCCAACUUCACUCUGCGUUGCGGCGUUUGCCAAAUCGGAGUAAUCGGGCAAAAGGAGGCUGUGGAGCAUGCACAAGCAACUGGUCAUGUCAACUUCCAAGAAUACAGAUGAUGAUGAUGAUCGAUACAAUGUCAUCUUCAAACAUGAUAUAUCUGCUGGAUGGCAAUUUAUUUGAUUCUCUGUUGUAUGCUUUCUUUCAUGGAACUGAUCGGUUGAAAAUUCCCUGCAUUCGGUGUUGUACAAUAACCUGCGUUUCAUCAUAUCAUAUUGGUGGACCUUUGUCGCCAUCACCAUAAUAAUAAAGGCGUCUCUUUUGGCUC